AUGGCAGAAGAACAACACAGAUGCCAAGAACCGCGUCUCUGCGUAAACAACUGCGGGUUUUUUGGAAGCCCAGCAACUGAAAAUUUGUGUUCUAAGUGUUAUCGUGAUCUUCAUCAAUCACAGCCCUUGAAUCAGCUCCUAAACCCAUCAUCAUCUGCUUCUGUUUCUCCCUUUGCAUCCCCAGCCGUUGAUGUUAUAAAAGUCAGCACCAACCAGACAGCUCCUGUGGUGGCGGUGGUGGAAGAUGAUAAUAAGGAAGAGGUAAAGGCAGAACCUGCGGUUGUGGUGCAGCAGCAGCAGCAGCCGAAUAGGUGCUUGACUUGUAGGAGGCGCGUGGGGUUGACGGGAUUCAAGUGUAGGUGUGGCAUGGUGUUUUGUGGAACACACAGGUACCCAGAACAGCAUGAUUGUGAAUUUGAUUUUAAGAGUUUGGGGAAAGAACAGAUCGCUAAAGCUAAUCCUGUUGUUAAGGGAGAGAAGCUCCAAAAAAUUUAA